AGACUCUAGAGAGAGAUAGACUCAGUCCCUAGUGAGAGAGAGAGAGACAAAGAAGACGACUUCCAAAGUAAAAGAAAGCAAAAAGCAAAUCAAAGCAGUUGCCUUUGCCAUUCAAUUCAUUCAUUCACUCUUGCAGUUCUUCAAUUGGGAGUAAAAUUAUUAAAUUUUAAUUCCCAAUUAAUCCCAACCUCCUCCUGCUCUUGCUCUCCCACCAGAUGCAGCAGAUCACAAGGGCAUUUCUGUCGUUUACAACCCUACUCACAUGAUCCCCUCCGGUUCCGGGAACGCCUUCAUCUCCGGCGGAGGCGGGUUAUGGUCGGCGGCACCGUCGUACGUUGCCGUCGGCGUCACGGCCUUGGCUGGGCUCGCGGUGGUCGUGGCCGUGUUCUGCACUGCCACUAGGGUUCGCCUUAAGUCACCUUGGUCCCGCAGGAAAAGAAAACAUGCCCUUUCAGCUCAGCAAUGGAGGCUAUUCUUUACACCAGAUGGAAAGCUUCGUGAUGGUGGAGUUAAGUUGGUGAAGAAAGUUCGCAGUGGAGGUGUUGAUCCAAGUAUUAGGGCAGAAGUUUGGCCAUUUCUCCUUGGAGUCUAUGAAUUAAACAGUUCAAAGGAAGAAAGGGAGAUAGUACGAUCUCAGAAAAGAAAGGAAUAUGAGAAACUCCGUAGACAGUGCCGCCGACUCAUAAAGCGCGAAAAUGAUAGCUCUAAGUUGAAUGGGGACAGUAGUAGCUUCACCCAUGAUACAGGUUCUCCCAGCUCCGAGGAUGCGGUUAGCGCCAGGGAAUCCCUUUCUAGUGAAGAUAAGAUACCAGAUGUUGAAUACUCAGAUGACCCUUCCAGUACAUUGUUGGAUGGAGAUGAUGAUGGUUCAAGAGAAAACACAAAUGCUGAUUCCAAAGCAAUAAACUCUGACUUGUCUGACUCGGACUCCUCUGAAGAACCUGAGGUGAUUCAGGCUUUCCCCUCAUGUGAAGGGAGGGAAGAAAAUGAUCCUGAUGUGACUUCCAAGGAUGAAUCUUCUCCCUUGAGGACCGAGGUCCAAUCAAAUCUAAACAGUGAGGAUUUUGCCACAUGGCAGCGGAUCAUACGCCUUGAUGCAGUACGAACUAAUUCGGAUUGGAUUCCGCACUCCCCAUCUCAAGCUGAAGUGUCACAGGAUAGGGCAUCACGUUCGGCUGAGGCUGUUGGGUUGAAAGAUUACAGUCACUUGGAGCCUUGCAGAAUUUUCCAUGCUGCUAGACUAGUUGCUAUUCUUGAAGCAUAUGCACUCUAUGACCCCGAAAUUGGUUACUGCCAGGGCAUGAGUGACCUGCUUUCUCCUAUAGCUGCUGUAAUAACAGAGGAUCACGAGGCUUUCUGGUGUUUUGUCGGUUUCAUGAAGAAGGCUCGACAUAAUUUUAGGCUUGACGAGGUAGGGAUCCAAAGGCAGUUGAGUAUCGUUUCUAAAAUUAUCAAAUGCAAGGACUCCCACCUAUACAGGCACUUGGAGAAGCUCCAGGCGGAGGAUUGCUUUUUCGUUUAUAGGAUGGUGGUUGUGCUAUUUAGGAGGGAGUUGACUUUCGAACAGACAGUAUGCCUAUGGGAGGUAAUGUGGGCCGAUCAAGCAGCCAUUAGGGCAGGUAUCGGAAAAUCUGCAUGGAGCAGGAUAAGGCAACGAGCCCCACCAACAGACGAUCUGUUACUCUUUGCCAUCGCAGCUUCUGUAUUGCAGAAGAGGAAGCUGAUAAUCGAGAAGUACAGCAGCAUGGAUGAGAUUAUCCGGGAGUGCAAUAGCAUCUCGGGGCAACUUGAUAUAUGGAAGCUCCUGGACGAUGCACAUGACCUGGUAGUAAACCUCCAUGACAAGAUAGAGACGUCUUUCUCAUGACUGCAUAUUUCGGUAGCAUGGUUCGUUCUUAUGGUUCAUUCUCGGCAUCCUGUUAUUCGGAGCAUCCAAAUUCCUCAUUCCUUCCUUCCCCUUUCACAACAUAAGCACUUCGGGAGCUCACUCCGACCAGACUAUCUUCAAGCUUGCUUAAAAGUGGCGGUGUCAAAACUUUCGAACGAUUAAUUAUUCAGAUUUACCUGCAUUGUAUUCUGCUCUGUUCUUACCGCGCGAUUCCACGAUUUGCAGGUAAAACUACUGUAUUAGCAUUUACCAUUUAUCCGUUAAUGUAACCAUACUCCCAUACUGGAUGAGGAACACAUGAAAUUGUCCAAUUAGAAAUAAUACCCCUCUCCCACAUAGGCCCUCGCAGUUCAGUGUUCCUCCGGUGGUUAGUUAUGUAAAUUAUGAUCUAGUUGGGGCUAUUUUCAUCCCUUUUGUGCAAUACGAGCCUUUGGAUUGCUCCAGUUUCGUCAA